ACAUUCUCUCCAUCUCAAUUUAUGUGAUAUAGGUUGAUUAGACACGAAAUUUAAGAUAAAAAAAAUAUUGUAGUUUGACUACUCUCUCCAUCCCAAUUUGUAUAAAUCAUUUCAUUAAUAGUAAAAAGGAAAAAUUUAAAUUAAAGAAUUUCUAAAUUUAAAAAAUACAUCAUUCUUUUUUAGACGAAUUAAAAAGAAAAGUGUAUAACAUUGAGUAAUAAAUUUACACGGAGAGAUACUUUCGCUUUCAAUAAAGUUCAAAAGCACUUGCCCCUCCUCGAUCUCGCUCAUGCUUACACCACAGUUUAAAAACAACUAACUAAUUCUUUUCUUCGUUGAUUGAUAUUUCAAAUUAAAGUAUUAAAAUAAUACUCCUAAUUUAUCUUCAUUUAAUAACAAGUUAGUAUCAUAUUAAACUCUAAAAAUGGAAUGGUUCCUGAAUUUAAAUUUUUAAGUUUGUGAGAAUAAAGAAAAGGUAUCAAAUAUUUUAGGCUGGUGGAAAGAGGAUGUCGAAUAAAUUGGGAAUGAUAAAGCAAUAUUAGUAAGGAAUUUGUUAUUGCUGCAGAGACAAAAGGCACCUGGUCCCAAAUCAGUCCCAAAUUUGGGUUGUUGCACUUGGGGGUCAAAAUAAUCAGCCUAGUUGGUUGCUUCUUUGACAAGCUCCCCAUUUUCAUCUCACACCACUACUUCCAUUUCCCACCAAUUCCAAAGAGGAAACCCACCGCAAAAAAAGAAAGCAAAAGCCUGAAAAAGCAUAGGAAACCAAUUAAGGGAAUGGGUAUUCAGCUAAGUUUUCAGUUAUUGAUAGCAAUUAUUACUGCUGUUCUAGUCAUUACAGCUUUGUCUAUGUCUAGAGGGAUUAGGGAAGCUCCAAAGUUAAUUGAGAAGGAGACCAAGAAAAGCUCAUUAUCUAGCUGCAAUUUCUAUUCUGGGAAAUGGGUAUUUGAUAACCAAUCUAUCCCUCUUUAUAAUGGGACAAAGUGUUCUUUCAUGGAUGAUGGAAUGGCUUGUGAGAAGUAUGGUAGAAAGAAUCUUGAUUAUCUUUAUUGGAAAUGGCAACCCAAUGAUUGUGACCUUCCAAGAUUUAAUGCCACGGCGAUGUUGGAGAAGUUGAGGAACAGACGGGUUGUUUAUGUGGGAGAUUCACUCAACAGGAAUCAAUGGGUUUCAAUGGUCUGCAUAUUAGAGUCACAAAUACCUAAUCGUCUCAAGUAUGUUCACUAUAAUGGCUCUUUGGUCACCUUUAAAGCUAUUGAAUACAAUGCUACUAUUGAUUUCUAUUGGGCACCAUUGUUAGUUGAAUCAAAUUGCGACGAUCCAUCGUAUCAUCGUGUGGACGAGCGCAUAGUGAGAGUCAAUUCUAUAGAGAAGCAUGCCAGAAUUUGGAAAGAUGCUGAUGUGCUUCUCUUUAAUUCUUAUCUAUGGUGGAGAUUGAAUUUGAAGGUUCUGUGGGGAUCUUUUGAUAGUGCAAAUGCAAAGUAUGAACAUUUGGGGAUGUUGCGUACAUACGAAUUGGGGCUACAGACAUGGGCAGAUUGGUUGGAAACUCAUGUUAACCGCACCAAGACUAAAGUUUUCUUUGUUAGCUUGUCACCCACUCACAGCAGAUGCUUGGCCAUUUCUGAACAACCUUUAUAACUUCAGUGCCCUCAACAACCCUUACUAGAAGAAAUUAUUAAUUGCAUCUUUGAUUGCCUCCUACAACAUGAAACCAAGGGUGGGAUGGCAAGUCCAAGAAAAUAAGUAUAAAUAAGUUGGAGCUGAUGUCAAGUUCCGUGUUGUAGUAAGUCUCCUGUGAUAUUAGAUCAUGUCAUGAUUCUUCUUUUAAAUUUGACUUUGGGGUUUGUACUUUGUAUAUAGCUAGUUCAUUUUUGACUUUCAAUUAGUUUAUGAGUUCACGCAUACUGACUGAGUCAUAGGAGUACUAAUUUAAUGAAGAAACAUAAAAUGGCAGGGGAGAAGAUUGGGGGAAGGCAAAUGGUCUGAAUUGCUACGACGAAGCAGAGCCAAAUUCUAAUGCAGCGUAUUGGGGAUCAGAUUCAGAUUCAGAAAUGAUGAAAUUGGUCCUUCU